CUCUGGGUGGCUCUCGUCUCGUCUUCGUUCGUUGGGUGUAGUAGCACAACAGGAGGUGGCAGCAGUUAAGUUAAGUGAAACUGGUAGGCUGUCCUGUCAGGUUGAUUCAAACCAAAUCACACGGUGAGCUCCAGAGGAUCUGCUGAACGGGAGAGACAUGGAGGAGACGGGCGGUGCAAGUGCGUACGGGGCUUCGCUCGCAGGAGGAGGCUUCGACUUCUACAGGUUUAUCCGACAACCGCAAACCAUCGUGCGGAUACUCAGCUGGAUAUUUGCCCUGGUGGUGUUUGCUACCAUCACAUCAGAGGGAUACGUCAACUCUGCCCACAGUGUCGAGGCAAAGUGCAUCUUUAACCAGAAUGACUCGGCAUGUCAUUACGCUAUUGGCAUCGGGGUGAUUGCCUUCCUGGCAUGUGUGGCCUUCCUGAUGUUGGACGUUUACUUGCCUUUUAUGAGCAGCGCACAGGAAAGGAAGUACGCUGUCAUGGCAGACCUGGGAUUCUCAGGGGCGUGGAGCUUCCUGUGGUUUGUGUGUUUCUGCCUGUUGGCCAGUCAGUGGGCUAAAACUCAUGAUGUCAAUGGUAUCCCAGAGGACGCUGCACGAGCCACUGUGGCCUUCUCAUUCUUCUCUAUCACCACUUGGGGAAUCCUUACCUACUUUGCCCUUGGCCGUUUUCGCCGCGGUGUUAGUGAAGUUUCCAUUCCAACCUACACAGAGGCGCCACCAGAUCACCACACCCCCUACCCUCCGACCUACGCCCCCACCUCCUACAACCCCACCACCUACACCCCUACCACUUACACAGCCUAUCCCAGCAGUGUGCCCGACAUGCACCAGCAGCCUCCCUUCACCCCAAACCCCCAGGUGCAAGGAGACGCCGGCUACCAGCCGCCCAGCUACUGAGACAAAGGGAGGUCGCAUGGACGAAGUGGUGUUCAAGAUCAUCUGUUGGUACACUGAUUGUAGUUGCACUGCACAGACCCAGAGCUGUAUCAUAUUGAUGUGGAUUUACAUUUGAUUGAUAUACUUUUCCAAGCGUCCGAUUUAAGAGCCUGAGCAGUGCAACUGCAAGUCAGAGAUGAGGGACACUGCUGUUUACGUCAAAUGGUCUGUGGUCAGAUUUUAAGACAUCACGCUGACUGUAAGGAUUAGCGCUGAUGAUUGGGUAAUCUGACCUUAGACCUGUGUGCAAAGAUGCAACUUUUUUUUUACCUCAAAUGGGCUGAUCCUGAAGGGGAGAGGUAGAUAGAAUGCACCCAGGAGGUCAAAGGUCACCGAAAUGUGACGUGAAGAAUACCUGUGAUGGCUCUAAUCAGAGUGGGAGAAGCCAACGCCUGAUGUGUUUGCCUCCUCGUUCCUCUCUGUUGGAACCUGAGUGUGCAUUUGUACAUAGAUUUCACUGCAAAGCUGCCAUUUUAAUGGUUGUAUGUGCCUGACUUUCUUUUCUUAUUUGGUUUAGUUUAUCUUGAGGACCUUUAAACAGUGUAAGAUGUAUUAAAUUAACAUGAUUUUGUGGGAGUAGAGUACAGUGGGAAAAGAUCACUAUAAAGCCAAAUGGCCCCCUUUGAUUUCGUUUUUUGAAAAAAACGUGGGUUCUGUACUGAUUAUGCAGUCACGUUUCUUAGCCAUAUAACCAUAAAAUCAUAAAAUCACCCCUGAAAGAAAGAUUUCCAAUCUUUGUGCUCCAGUAAAAUUGCUCCCGUGUUCGCCAUCCCGACUAGCUAUGUUUUUAAGACGACUCUAAUCAAAAUGUGUUGUUGAUGGUGACUUGAGAAACCAUAAAAACCCCUCCAUUACUUCCACUGUGACCAUGGCAGAUGUAAAACAUUUUCAAAA